AUGGCAGGGAGGCAUCAGAAUCGUAGUUUUCCUCUUCCAGGAAUUCAUUCAAGUGCUCAAGUACAUACAUUUGGAAAUUGUACAGACAGUGAUAUGCUGGAGGAAGAUGCUGAAGUGUAUGAGCUUCGAUCCCGAGGAAAAGAAAAAAUCCGAAGAAGUACAUCAAAAGAUAGACUUGAUGACAUUAUAGUGUUAACAAAAGAUAUACAGGAAGGAGACACUUUAAAUGCAAUAGCCCUUCAAUACUGUUGUACGGUAGCAGAUAUCAAGAGGGUUAACAAUCUCAUCAGUGAUCAAGACUUUUUUGCCCUUAGGUCUAUCAAAAUUCCAGUAAAAAAGUUUAGUUCAUUGACUGAAACACUUUAUCCUCCAAAAGGAAGACAGGCUUCACGUCCUUCUCCUGUUCAAUACCUUCCAGAACAACAGGAAGUUUUGUCAGCUAAUGACUCUUUUUCUUCCACUGAGUCAGCUGGUAGCUUUCUAAAAGAAGUAGACCGAGACAUCGAACAAAUAGUAAAAUGUACAGACACCAAAAGAGAGAACCUUAAUGAGGUGGUGUCUGCCUUGACAGCACAACAGGUCCGUUUUGAACCUGAUAACAAAAACAUUCAACGGAAGGAUCCUUACUAUGGAGCAGACUGGGGAAUAGGGUGGUGGACAGCUGUAGUGAUAAUGUUGAUAGUAGGCAUAAUAACACCAGUGUUUUAUUUGCUGUAUUAUGAAAUUUUAGCUAAGGUGGAUGUCAGUCACCAUUCAACAGUGGAUUCUUCACAUUUGCAUUCAGGAGUCACACCCCCGUCACAGCAGAGAGAAAUGGAAAAUGGAAUUGCUCCAACUAAAGGAAUACCCUUUGGUGCACAAGAUGAUCAUAAACUAUAUAGUCAAGAUUCUCAGUUACCUGCUGCUCAACACAAAACAUAG